AUGGGCGGCGGUAACCGAGAAGGCGGCAAGGCCAAGCCCUUGAAGCAGGCCAAGAAGGCCCAGAAGGACCUCGACGACGACGACAAGGCCUUCCUCGAGAAGAAGCGCGCUGACGAGAAGGCCCGCAAGGAGCUUGCGGCCAAGGCUGGUGGCAAGAAGGGUCCCCUCAACACCGGCGGCCAGGGUAUCAAGAAGAGCGGCAAGAAAUAA